AUGUAUCAAAACAUUCAAAAUUAUAAUAGCGAACAAGAUAUAGAAUCUUCUCACAAUGAAGAGUUAUUUGAAAAUUUAGAAUUAUUCAAUAUCAAGAAUUCUGAUAAUAUUUCAACAGCUGGGAUAUUAGAUGUAUACCAGUUUUCUAAUUCUGCUUGUAAUAUAAUUGAAGUACUGAAUGAAAUUUUUAAGAAAAAUAUAGAAUCUAAUUAUAAUUUUGAAGAGGUUGUAGAAGAUCCUACUAUAGAAGAUUUCAAUAUAGAAUUUAAUGAUGAUGAAAUUUCUGAAGAGUUGAUUAUAGAGGAUUUUAAUACAGAAUCUGAAGAAUCAAAUAUAGAGGAUUCUAAUACAGAAACUGAUUCAGUAGAUUUUGACAACUUUUAUGAA